GUGGGGAGCUAUGGGUCAGGUUGAUCUCCAAGUGAGUUCGGGUUAUUAAUCUCGCGGCAACGAUUUAAAUAUUGAGGGGCAGAACUCCUGGGUGGAAGGAGGAGGAUCUCCCCCCUGCGGGAAUGCUUAACUGGCGCUGCCGCGUUUGUAUUACCCUGGCAUCGUUCGGUGUUUCGGUUUUUUAAAAGGUAGGACUUCGAGGCUUGUUGCUUGCCAUUUCUGCAGCUCCAGCCGAAAGGUUACACGCUCGCUCGAUCCGACGGUUCUCUCGCGUCCCAUCAGAGUGCGCGGUCCCUGCAGCAUCUCCAAGCGGACUGGACUGUACAGUAAAGUUGCACCUGGAACUUGCUGACGCUUGACAACAGAUAAAACUUUGCUUUUGGCGCGGCGAUGGCAUUCCCGACGUUGUCUUUGAGGACAUUUGUUUUAAUACGUUGACUUCUAAUUCAUUUGAUAUAGUUUUACUAUUUUGUAUGCGUGUGGUUUAUAAAUAGGCUAUACAAACUAAUUGAUUCUUAGAAUUCAGGAUUGUGUUUUAAACUUUUUUGCGCUGCUGGGGACAUGGACCCAGUAAAAGGACUAUUCUCGGAAUGAAGAUUGUCGCCUGUCGAUCCCCGCUGCUUUGUCAUUAUAAUUUCCACGGGUCCGGUCUGUCGUCAGACGCCAGAGAGAGUGCCCUAUGUCGCUUUGCAUUUUGAUAAAGUUAAGGUCAGCAGCUAGAGAGAGAGACGGGGCAGAUGAGUUGAUGAGAGCACUUUUUUGGAACUUCCCUGCAUUUUAAAUAUUUUUACAACAGCAAAUAUAACGGAAAAGGACGUGGUUUCGUGGUUUUUCUUCUUUUCGUUUAUUUUUCUUUCUUGUCAAUACAUUUGUUGCCUGGAUCGAAUUAGGAUGCUUUUAUUUUGCUGCCUAAACGCAUUGGCUAUGAGACUUGCCACCAAAUUCACCUGCAGUCUGUUCUUCGUGUCUCUGUUGUUCCAAAUGCCUCAGUCCAUUUCACCUUUAAUAACAGGUACCGAAGCCAGCUGCGAAAACGAGGGAGAGGUCCUGCACAUACCCAACAUUACAGACAACCCCUGCAUCACCUGCGUUUGUUUGGAUAAGAAGGCAGACUGCAAGCAGGAGAAGUGCCCCCUGGUGGCGGAGGACUGCGCUCUUGUGGUCAAGCAAACUGGAGCCUGCUGUGAGCGAUGCAAAGGCUGUCAGCUGGAAGGCAAGACCUACAACAGCUCUACGACGUGGAGCACCUCCACCAAACCCUGCAUCACCCGCAGGUGUCAGGAAGGUGUCAUCACGGAGGCGGAGGUGCAGUGUGUGGUCCACUGCAAGAACCCCAAGAUUCACCCUAAGAAGUGCUGCCCAUCUUGCCCUGGCUGCAUCUUCGAGGGCCGACUGUACAAAGAGCGGGAGGAGUUUCACCCCGAGGGCCAGCCCUGUAUCAAAUGCACCUGCACAGGAGGACGCACCCUGUGCACAAGGGAGGUGUGUCCUGUGCUGUCCUGCCCUUCUCACCUUAGCCACACUCCACCUGGACAGUGCUGCCCCAAGUGUCUAGCCCAGAGGAAAGUGUUUGAUCUGUCGUUGGGGAACUGUCUGUUCCACAGCGAAGUUUACGAGAAUGGAACCUCUUUCAAGUACGACAACUGCACUUCCUGCACUUGCAAGGACUCCACAGUCGUGUGCAAGAAGAAAUGCUCACCGCCAGGGAGUUGCCGUGGCAACAGGGAGCAGUGCUGUGAUGAGUGCCUGUCGUAUGUGAAGGUGGAAGAUGUCAAGUACUGUCGGGUCCGGAACAAGAUAUACAGGGAAGGGGAAAUGUGGUCGUCAGUGAACUGCACGCUGUGCGCCUGCAUCAAGGGAACUGUGGAGUGCCACCAGAAGCAGUGCGUUCCCAUCACAAGCUGUCCUGCGAACAAAAUACUCAACCGCACUGGCUGUUGCCCCGUGUGCACUGAAAAGCCUGGAGUGUGCACUGUCUUUGGGGACCCCCACUACAACACCUUCGACGGGCGCACGUUUAACUUCCAGGGCACAUGCCAGUACGUGCUGACCAAAGACUGCUCCCCAGCGGCCAGCUUCCAGGUGCUGGUAAAGAACGACGCCCGCCGUACGCGCUCCUUCUCCUGGACCAAGUCCGUGGAGCUGCUGACACCCGGCCUUAGCAUCAGCCUGCACCAGCACCUGACGGUGCGGCAGAACGGCACCCGCAUCGCCCUGCCCUACCACGGCCCCGGCGUGCACAUAGACCUGGACGGGUACCUGCUGAAGCUCAGCACCUCGGCAGGGCUGGAGAUCACCUGGGACGGGGACAGUUUCGUGGAGGUGGUGGCUGCUCCCCACCUGAAGGGCAGCCUGUGCGGGUUGUGCGGGAACUACAACGGGCACAAGCGGGAUGACACCAUCGGUGGCGACGGGCACUUCAAGUUUGACGUGGACGAGUUCGCCGAGACGUGGCGGGUGGAGAGCAAUGAGGUGUGCAGCCAGCCCCGCAGGAAGCCCACUUCCUUCCUGUGUCCCGGGACGGUCAAGGUCAAGUUCCGCGCACACAGGGAGUGCCAGAAGCUCAAGUCCUGGGAGUUCCAGAAAUGCCACCCUGUCGUGGAUUUCACCUCCUUUUACAGGUCCUGUGUGACAGACAUGUGUGAGUGUCCCAUCCACAAGAACUGCUACUGCGAGUCCUUCAUUGCCUACAGCCGCGCCUGCGAGAGGGAGGGCUCACCUGUGCUCUGGAGGCCAGAGCAGACCUGCAUGGCCACCCAGUGUAAGCACGGCGCCGUCUAUGACACCUGCGGACCGGGCUGCACCAAGACCUGUGACAACUGGAACGAGAUCGGACCCUGCCACAAACCCUGCGUGGCAGGCUGCCACUGCCCCGCCAACCUGGUGCUCUUCCAAGGGCGCUGCAUCAAACCCACUCUGUGCCCGGGACGGUGACAUGAGCUGUCCCGGGGGGCAGGAGGGUGUGGGCUGAGCUAGAGGGGUGGGGGUACAUACACACGGGGGAGGGAGGGAGGCCUGGGAUUAGGUGUGGAGUCUGCUCAGUCAAAUACAGACAAUGAAGGACAAUAAGACCAAGAGGACUCCAGAGAGUGCAUGCAGUAGAUGUUUAAUGACAACAAUUAUGUUGGGACUGCGUCACUGAAAUGUCACAAAUGAGGUGUGCGUCAAUUCCUGGGUUGGCACAGCCCCUCCCCUACAGCCCCUGCAGAUGUGGGCUGGUGAGAAGCUGCAAUACCACUCCCCUCCAGCAGGAGGUACUAUGAAUUCUUGCUCACUAAUAGUGUGAGGAAACGGAAACAGUGCCAAGGAACUCUUCUUCAUGGAUGAUGCAGAUGGCCCGUUAGAGAGGACCUGCAUGGUGCUGAAGGGGCUGGGGGUCUACAAGAAGGAGGAAACGUUGGCAGCAUAUUUUAGUUUAUAUAAAAAAGAGAAUAAUGAAGGCUGACUAACUGGUAGCCUGCAGUGGUCAAGCCAAAAAUAUGCACCGGGAAUAUAAAAACAGACUGUAGAAGGACAUUCUAAACCAGAGCUCACAAACAUAUGAAAAUGUAAUACUGUAAACUAACAAGAUUUGUGUAAAGAUUUCCA